AUGAAAUUACAAACAGCGUUCUUCGAACAACAAGAACGAGCAGAAGCGCAAAUGAAAAUGCAACAGAGCUUUUUUGACAAACAGCAUAGCCUGAAAGUUAAAAGUGAGAAUACAGUCAAGUUACCUAAGUUAGACAUGAUUUCCUUUAACGGAGAUAAACUCAAAUGGACUGAAUUCUGGGACUCAUUCUCCAGUGCUGUACAUGAAAACGACAAGCUGUCAUCAGUUGACAAGUUCAACUAUCUAAAGGGAAAGCUUUAUGGUGAAGCCCGAAGUGCUAUCGCUGGAUUGGUUAUGUCGAAUGAAAACUACGACAUUGCUAUCCAAAUUCUCAAGGAAAGAUUUGGAGAUCAGCAAGACAUUAUAGAUUUGCAUUAUAAGGGACUGGUGAAUGUUGCGUCCCCAAGGGAUACGACUGAAAGUUUGCGAUUUUUCUACGACAAAAUACAAAAACACUUGAGAAGUUUGGUGGUUAUGCAUGAGAAUUUGGAGCAACAAGUUUUCGUGUCAAUCAUUCGGAGCAAAUUGCCAAGUGAAGUUCUUAUGCAUCUUGAAAUACAGAAAGGCUCAGACAACAAGUGGACAUUAACUAAGCUUUGUGAAUUGCUCCGACAGUAUAUUGUGUCAAAAGAAAAGUCGGACAAACCCAAACCAGUCAACGCUAAUUUUAUACCUAGUCGAAGAGUGAGACCACAAUUUCAGAAAUCAACAAAUACCUUUAAAGGCUUCAGGGGACCCCAAACAGCAAAUACCACUGCUGGAGCUUUGACUGCAUAUGAAAAGAAAGAAUCUACUUCUCCCCAACAACAUCAGAAGAAAACCUGUAGAUUCUGUAGUAAGAAUUAUUGGAGUGACGAAUGUCCACGGUACAAGACAAUCGACGAAAGAAAAGCAAAAAUCAAGGGAUGUUGCUACAAAUGCUUAAAAGAAGGACACAUGUCUCCUGACUGUAAAAGCAAACGAAUGUGUGUCCAUUGCAAUAAAUCAGAUGUACAUCACAGAAGUUUGUGCCCAGUGAAAUUUAGAAAGGCAUAA